AUGACAUAUGUUCAGUGCUCAGAUAUAUGCGAUUAUUGGCUAACAGUACCAGAUAAAGAUGAUGACGAUCCUUUUCAUUUUGCUUGGAAAUUUCAUAAUACAUUUAAUGAAAAUCUUGCUAAAGCCAUUACACCUAGUAGUUUUCUUUGUAUUGACAAAUCAAUGUGUCAAUGGAUGGUGCAAUUGGAUCCUGUAGAACCUCCAGAGCAUGCUAAUAAAAAGAAAUUUUCUGAAUAUUCAGUAACAAUUGUAACUAUGUUACUAUUAACUAGGUUAUGUUCAAUAGUGAAAGAACAAUUAUUGCAGAUUCAUGGCUAUUCUACAACAAACCUUAAAACUGAAAUAACUAGAUAUAUAAAGGAACAUGAUAAUGUAAAAUUUCGUCGCCCUGCCAUUUUUGAUGAAUAUAAUGAGUAUUGA